GCGCGCACGCACGGGGGCAAGGCGCGGCCCCGCGGCAGUGCGUGCGCGCUCCCUGUCCCCCCCCCCGCCUUCCCCUCUCUCUCUCUGUCUCUCUCUCCUCCGCCGCGCUCGGUCGUUCCUUCCCCCCCUUUGUGAGGCGCUCGGAGCGGCCCGGACAUCGCUGACUCGCCAUGGCCGAAGACAAGCCCAAGGAAGGAGUGAAGACUGAAAACAAUGACCACAUUAAUCUGAAGGUGGCAGGGCAAGAUGGGUCUGUGGUGCAGUUUAAGAUUAAGAGGCAUACACCACUUAGUAAACUAAUGAAAGCCUAUUGUGAACGACAGGGGUUGUCAAUGAGGCAAAUCAGAUUCCGGUUCGAUGGGCAGCCUAUUAAUGAAUCAGACACACCUGCACAGUUGGAAAUGGAGGAUGAAGAUACAAUUGAUGUGUUCCAGCAGCAAACAGGAGGAGUUUACUAAACAAACCAACACACAAACAACCUGCUACUUUCCUCUGCAGAACUGUGCUCCCACAGGCGACACAUUCACAAUUAGACAAACGAGACUUGGUUCAGCCACAUCCUGACUACUGCAGUAGAGUUUUCUCUCUUCUCUCUCUUGAUUUUUUUUUUCCUAUUCCUUCUAUUGUACAUAAAGUAACUGGUGUAUGUGCACAGACAUAAUGCAUAUUUUUUUUAACUAAAUGGCCAAUGGUAUGUUUUGGUCAACAUUUAAUGGAGAUGGGGUGGGAAAAACAAACUGGUUCUGUGAAAAAUGCCCCUUUCUCCAUUAGUGGCAUGCUCCUUCUCCUUUUAUCUUUAUAUUCCAGUAAGUUAUUUUGCUCUCACUGUUUAAAAUACCAACAAAAGAACCUUGCAUACCUUGUUUGAUUGGAUAAUUUCAAUGUUUUUUCUUUUAUCGUUGUAAAACCAAGGACAAUUUUAUAACUUUUUUGUACGUAGCUGUUACAUGUAGAGCAAUCUCUGUCUAAGUAGGGUUAAAUUACUCUAAAAAACAAAAAAGGAAAAAAAAAUCUUAGAUAGUUUUCCCUUCAAGUAAAGCGUCUUGUUGUUUAAAUAAACUUCUUGUUUAAAAUAA